AUGAAGAUAUUCACUGCUCUCCUUGCUCUUGCAGUGGCUGCGGCGGUUGCUGCUCCCACGCACGAGAUCAUGAGCCGCAAUCUUGUUGCCGACGAUGCCCCCCACCAGGACGACCCCAACUUCAUCAGCGCUGUCAUGCGCGCCCACUGGUACUGGCGUCGUCUUCACUGCGCUCAGGAUCUGGUCUGGGACACGGCGCUCGCUGACGCUGCCCGCAAAGACAUCGAGGAGUGCACUCAUGAGCCUGGCCAUAAACGCCCUGGCAGCAACCUCUCGUCCGUGACGCCUCCACCUCCCGACUACGAGGCCUGGAUCGAGUUCGCCCGUACCGCUUCUCACGGCUGGCACGAGGAGGAGACCAAGUAUCCCUACGGCAACCCUCACUUCGAAGCUGCCUGGGGCCACUUUUCGCAGAUGGUCUGGCGCAACUCCACCAGCAUUGGCUGUGCUCUCGGACACUGCAACGGUCAAGAGACGGACUGGCCUGGUCGUUUCUACUGCUACUACUCCUUCUAUGGCAAUAACGUCGCUCCGGGACAGUUUGAGGAACAAGUCUGGGGCCCUGUCUGCAGUGAUCCAUCCGUCAACGAGGUUUCCGAGCGUGAGAACGUCGACUUUGACUGGGCAGUGUCGAGGUGA